CUCUCUCCCUCUCCUUCUCUGUCUCUCUCUCUCUCUUCCUUUCGAUAUACUACACUCUUAAAGCGUCGGUCUGAGAGGCAGAAUGGAGCUUCAUGGAAGGCCUUGCAGCUCUGCCACGCGGCAAAGCGAAGAGGGGAUGGACCUGAGAAGAGGGCCUUGGACCGUGGAUGAGGACCUUAUACUGAUGAAUUAUGUCACUACCCAUGGCGAGGGACGAUGGAACUCCCUUGCUCGUUGCGCAGGUCUGAGAAGAACAGGCAAGAGUUGCCGGCUCCGAUGGCUCAACUAUCUCCGCCCUGAUGUCCGGCGUGGCAACAUCACCCCCGAAGAGCAACUUCUCAUCCUCGAGCUCCACUCUCGUCUGGGAAACCGGUGGUCGAAGAUAGCGCAGCACUUGCCGGGGAGGACCGACAACGAGAUCAAGAACUACUGGAGGACCAGGGUGCAGAAGCACGCGAAGCAGCUGCGGUGCGACGUGAACAGCAAGCAGUUCAAGGACAUCAUGCGGUACGUAUGGAUGCCUCGCCUCGUCGAGAGGAUCCGCGAGGCCUCCAUCAACUCCUUCGCCGCCAUGCAUCAGAAUGCUGCAGCUCCACUGGCUCCCAUGCAGCCCCUCCACCCAAUCGCCCAGCCUGCACCAGAAAACACGACCGACUCUUUGUUCUCAUCGCCUCUCGUCUCCGAGAGCUUCACGGGGAGCCGCGAGACUCAGGCCGGCGACGACACCGUCGUCGACUGGAUUCAGGAACCUCGGCUACCGAGCCCCGGCGGGUACGCAUGCCCGGACCUGCCGGACUUCGACCACGGCGGAUGGGGGGAGAGCUUGUGGAGCGUGGACGACAUCUGGUUGCAACAGCAGCUUUGAAAUGGGAAGUUUGGGGGCCAAAAGGAGGCAAAAGAUGAUCGAAGCAAAAUAAAAACAAGAGAGGGAAAACAUUCUCAAGCACUCCUCCAAUCAUUUCUCCUCUGCUAUCUCUGUCCUUCCUCAACACUGGACAUAUGGUUUUAAUCUCAUUCUUUGGUAUGUGUAUGUUCUAAUUGACCUCAUUGAGAACGAUUAAUUUGAGCUAUGCAAACCGCUCAUGUACAUCUUCUCCAUAAUGUCAUAAAGAUGUUUGCCGUCA